AUGGUGUUAUUUUUCAAGUCGAAUGCUGUUACUCCUCCCGCUACGAUUUAUAUGGGGAAGGACAAAGUGGAGAAUGAGGACCUAAUUAAAUAUGGCUUCGAAGAGGACGUAUGGUUCCAUGUUGAUAAGCUUUCUUCAGCCCAUGUAUAUUUGCGUAUGCCGGAAGGGAUGGAAUGGACUUCGAUUCCGGAAGCUUUGCUUGAAGAUUGCUCGCAAUUGGUCAAGGCCAAUUCCAUUGAAGGCAACAAGAAAAACAACAUUACCAUUAUCUAUACACCUCAUGCGAAUAUUAAGAAAACAGGGGAUAUGGCUAUUGGCACGGUCACAUUUCACAAUGACAGGGUUGUUAAGCGCUUUCACGUAAAAGAGAGAAAAAAUGAGAUUGUAAAUCGUUUAAACAAGACAAAAGUGGUGCGUGACGUGGACCACGAAGCAGAGCGCCAAGAACGUGAACGCCAGCUUGGUCGCAAAAAGAAAGAGUUUGCCUUGCAGCAGAAAAAAGAAGAGAUGGAAGCCAAACGCUUGCAUAAAGAACAAGCGGCAGCAAAAGACUAUUCAAAUCUAUUCUCUGAGGAAGCCAUUGCUGAGGCACAAAGGGAAAAGCAGAGACGAGAUCGCCUCAAGGCAUCUAAAGCCGAUCAAAUGAACGAUGAUGAAGAGGACUUCGGCAUGGAAAGUGACGAUUCCUUCAUGUAA